AUGUUGCUACAGGUUCUGUGCGCUUUGUUUCUGUGGGGAGCGGCGUUCUCUGACACAACCAUCACAAUCUACAACGAGUGGCUCGCCCAGGGUGGACGUGUCAAUUACGAACCUGAAAGAUGGAACAAGAUUAAUGGGCUCUCCCAGCUGAACCUAAUUCCAAAGUUGAAAGCCAUCGACACAUCUCCCGGGCGGUGGGUGAACAGGGACCUAAAUCUCUUUCCAAAUUGGCCAGAAAACCCUAGCCGCAAAGGCUAUCCUAAUCCAACGUAUCUCCAGGACCAUACACUCCAGUCAAAGACAUGGCAGUGGUACAUGCAACAAAUGCAAAACUAUGGGGAUGCCAAGAUCGAAAACAUCGUCUGGAACAUAGAAGGUAGGCACUGGCCCGCCUGGAUAGAUAAGUCUCAUCAUAAUGGCGGAUUCCCAAACAACAUUGACGCUGCAUCAGAGUUUGUGUCGCUGAUGGUUCAGAGUGUCAAGGACUUCACAGGAGGAGGCAUACCCAAAAUAUUUGAAGUCCUCAAUGAACCUGACUGGUACGAAAAAACUAUUGACCCACAAACGAAUAUAGACUUCCACAGGGCCGUCGCCGACAAACUGAAAAAAAAGAAUUGGAAUGAAGAUAUGCGGACCGUCCUACACCAGUAUGAUCUUAAGACAAGCAGAUGAAAAUAACUUCAGCAGGUGGAAGAAAACUGCUAAGUUUCUUGACAUGUCUCUCGACCACUUGGACUUUUUCUCUUUCCACUCCUACAACUAUCUGCGUAUAUCGGGUAGUACCAAUUCCUACUUUGGCGUAAACGAAGCCCGCCUGG